AUGAACAUAUUUCGCAAGCUCCGCGGUAAGGCCAGCCGCAGCAGCCGUGGCAGUAAGCCCGCGCCAUCAGCGCCGGCCACGAUAGCAGAGAGCGAAAGUGUUAACCCUUCCCCUCCCCCUCGCGCCAUGCAUAUCAGCGAGGUGAAGCGGGAACCCACCUGGCUAUCAUCUAUCUACAGUCCCGGUUCCAAGAUCCAGUCUAUUACCAUUAUGGUCGCGAAUGCCAAAGGCGCCGCCGACUACUUGCGUCUUUACAGGCUACUCCAGCGAGAAACGGAUUACGGAAGCGAGUUCGACCCGACGACGGGCGGCUACGAUACAGACUACCUUUGCGACGGGUACAUGUAUAAUGUCUGCUUUGAUUCUGUGCCGGACCCCACAGGGCUUUGGGCUGCUAAGUCGGCUCUCCUCACCAUCAUGCAGCAUGUCUGCCUUGUUUUGACGUAUGACGCCUCGUCAAGGGAAUCGUGGGAUGAAUUGGCCGCUGUCUGUGAGGGGAUGCGAAGCCGCAGUGAAGAUGGGGUCCUCUCUCCUUAUCCUUUUCUUGCGACAGUGAUUGUCACCAUGGGUGAAGGUGAAGGUGAAGGUGAAGAAUGCCCCAUGUCCGUGUUGCAAGGAGAAGCUGAGACGUUUGCAACUCAGCGGAACUAUCUCUUUGUCAAGGUUUCGCGCAGAACUGGGCGCGGUGUUUGCGAUGCAGUUGGCUCACUAGUUGAGAGGGCGCACGGCGCUCGUGGGCAAUAUGCUAUGGAUCAGGAGGGUGAGCCCCAGAGGUAUAAGAGGGCGCAGGUAUUAAAGGCAUUAUUUUCACCAUAG